AUGGUCUCCCGAGCGGUUGUUCUUCUCAUUAUCGGUCUGAUUGGCCAAGUCAAAACGGAUCAUUGGACUCUGGAUGGGACUGUUUUCCAUCCGGAACUCGAUGAUUUCAGUACUUAUCCUAAAGUUGUAAGCCGAAAUUUGAGAUUUAUUUUUAGAGGCAUACUUAAUUUACAAAUUUUUUUUGAAGUCCUCUAUGAAAGCUGAGACUUUGAUCAUAUUUUCUCAAAUUUUUUGACUCGUGUUUUGCAAAAAUCAUCGUGCUUUUGAAGCCGUAGACGCCUUUGGGGUGAAAGGUUGCCCUUUUGAUCCUACUGUGGCGUCUCGAAGAAAUAGGUUUUUUUCAGUAAAAACUGGCAAUGACCUGGGCAAAAUUAUUAGGCAAUGAUCUGGGCAAAAUUAUUGAUCAUGCUGUGGCAUUUUAAUGGGAGAUGGACUUUUUUAUGAAAAAUUGGCAACGAUAUGCGAAAAAAACAUUUUUUUCUCUGACCACUCUCUGCAUUAUCAAUGAUCUCUCAAGAAAUCGUUAAAACCUCGGCUUUUCCUACAAACUCGGAUCUAAUAUUUUGAGAAAUUCAUUCGAGGCCUAGGCAAAAAACUAUGGCCAGAUUUGAAAAAGUAAACUGAUAACUGUGAUUCAAACGUUUUGUUUGAAUUCUCCAGUUUUCCUCGCCCAUUUCCUGCUGAUUUCCUUUCCUUUAGCGCGUCGAGCUGCUCCAGUACGGUAUCUACGACACCGUUGUUGGCGAUACCAUUGCCGAUGUAAAUGGAAGCUUUCAUGUGGAAGGUUAUCCACCAGUCCUCAGAGCUUCAGAUGCCCAGAAAUUGAAGAUGUAGGUGGCUUCAUUAAAUUGCUACAUCUUCCAGUUACCAUCGAUUCACAAAAGGAGAAUGCAGAGUCAACGUUUAUAUCGGGCCAACUUGGCAAUUCCACUUUGAAAAUAACAAGCGAUAUGAUGUCAUUUGGAAAGACGAAUCCAGCUCUGACGAUUUGUGCCCGACCGACUUGUAUCCUUGA